AAGACUGAAGCUUAGUAUUAUUUAUUGUGCAAGACCGUGAACUAUUAUCGGUUUAAUAGGGUUUAAUUUAGCGUUAAAGAUUUGUCCAAAUCGUAGACUUGUUAUUUAAUGGUAUAAGCAUAAUAGACGCAGCGACAAAGAAAAUAAUCAUGGCACAAUUCGUUGGAAAUUGGAAAGCUAAUAAUUCAACAAGGACAAAUUAUGACGAGUUCUGUUCAAAAUCAGGUCUUACACAAGAUCUAAUAGACAAGUACAGAGAUGCCGUCACAGUUAUAGGUCUGGAAAACAAAGGAGGAGACGAAUGGAUAAUCACGUAUGAUACUGGUCUAGGUCCACCAAUGUCUUACGAAUUUACACUGGGAAAAGAACUAGUUACAACAGAUACCGAAGGCAAAGGUGUAAAGUUUACAGCUACUAUAGGUGCAGACGGCGUAUGGACUGACAAAUCUAGUCACGAGUUGACAGGAUGGAAAGAAACAAUCACCACAAAAAGAAUUGAAGGAAAUAAAAUGAUUGCUGCAACAAUUCUAAACGGUGUGACGAUGACCACUGAACUUGAGAAACAGUAACCAUGCCAACUGUAAUAAAACAAUACAGUAUCAAAACUGUUCGAAAAAUA